AUGACCGCACACAAGGCCCUUGCUCUGGAUCUCUACCGACAGCUGCUGCGAAACGGCUACCGAAUGGCCGGUUACAACUUCCGACAGUACGCCAUCAGACGAACCCGGGACGGCUUCCAUGCCAACCGAAAUCUCACCGACAAGGGCGAGAUUGAGUCUGCUAUCAAGUACGCCGAGAAGGAACUCGGCGUGCUCAAGCGACAGUCCGUCAUUUCUCAGAUGUACGCCGGCGAGCCUCUGGUGGUUGAGCAUGCCGACAAGAACCUCGCCAAGAAGAACGAGCAGCUUCACUCUGCUGUUUAA